AUGAAGGCCACUCUUCCCCUCAGGAGUUUCUCCGCAUCUUGUCGCAGCCAGGUCCGCCCCACGCCCACCAAGUCUCUCCGCGCGAAGAAUACGCAGACGACACAAUCCUCGAGGAGAUGGAAUAGUAGUACUUCUUCCGGGAAUGCAUUUUGGACAACCAGUCGGGCUUUGGUUCUGGCAACAGUUGUCGGCGCUGGAGCUUAUGCCGCUGCUUCACGUUCGUCAGCUUCACGUUCGUCAGCUUCACGUUCGUCAGCGUCAGCUGUGGCGGUUACAAAAACCGCGGCAGCCACUGCGAAAGAACCGACUUAUGGAGAUAUUAGACAAUUUGAGAAGGCGAUUGCUGAACUUCGAGCCGAAUUAGGCGAAGACGCCAUCAGCACCGACAACGAUGAUCUACAUGCACACGGCUAUUCAGAAUGGUCAACCGUCAACGCCGAGCGACUACCAGUCGCCAUCGCAUAUCCCAAAUCCACCGAAGAGGUUUCCAAAAUCGCCAAGGUCUGCCAUAAAUACCGAAUGCCCAUGGUCCCGUACUCCGGAGGCUCUAGUCUGGAGGCCAAUUUCUCUGCCCCGUAUGGCGGCAUGACUAUUGACUUUGCGUUUAUGGACAAGAUCUUAGAAGUGCAUGCGGAUGAUAUGGAUGUCGUGGUACAGCCCUCCAUCCCCUGGAUGCAGCUCAAUAGUGAUUUGGCCAGCACUGGUCUCUUCUUCCCUGUGGACCCAGGUCCAUCAGCCAAGAUCGGUGGUAUGGUUGGAACUAAUUGUAGUGGUACCAAUGCAGUUCGCUACGGUACCAUGAAAGAUUGGGUGAUCAACUUGACUGUGGUACUGGCAGAUGGACGCAUCAUAAAGACCAGGAGACGACCUCGCAAGACUUCUGCAGGGUAUAACUUGACUGGCAUGUUUGUGGGAUCAGAGGGUACGCUGGGUAUUGUGACGGAGAUUACACUCAAACUCGCCCCAAUUCCGGACGAACUGCGUGUCGGAGUUGUGACUUUCCCUACUGUUCGUGAUGCCGCUGCCGCUGCCAUGCAGGUGAUCCGCAAGUCUAUCCCCGUACAGGCAAUGGAAAUUAUGGACGAGGUGCAAAUGAAUGUCAUCAACCGUGCCGGAGGUACAGGACGAACAUGGCGAGAGGAACCGACGCUAUUCUUCAAGUUUUCUGGCACCACGGCUCAGGUAGCGGACAGUAUCCAGAACACCAAGAAAAUUGCGCAAGACAACAAGUCCACUUCCUUUGAGUUCGCUAAAGAUGAUCAAGAAGCGCAUGCACUCUGGUCGGCACGCAAGGAGUCUUUGUGGAGUAAUCUGGCCUUGCGUCCGGAGGAAGGUGAAGUCUGGUCUACUGAUGUGGCAGUCCCUUUGUCUAGACUCCCAGACAUCAUCGGUGCGUUUCUUCCCACCUGAUAAGAUAUUCUUUCAUUUACUGACCGAAGUAGAAAAAUCCAAGGAACAACUCAAAGACCUGAAAGUCUUUGCUAGUAUCCUAGGACACAUCGGCGACGGCAACUUCCACAGCAGCAUCUUGUACAGCCGCAAAAACCGCGAAGAGACAGAACGUGUCGAGAAGGUGGUUCACGACAUGGUUGAUCGUGCUAUUGAAAUGGAGGGUUCUUGCACCGGUGAACACGGCAUCGGUCUAGGCAAGAAAGAAUCUCUCGUCAAAGAGCUCGGCCCCGACACCAUUGAUAUCAUGCGAAGCAUCAAACGGUCCCUUGAUCCACACUGGUUGAUGAAUCCAGGCAAGAUUUUUGAGUACUCUCGUGACAGUAAACCGGUUGGCACGGCGGAUAUUGAGUCUGCACGGUUAGUUGGAGCAGAGAAGAAGAAUUAAGAAAAGUGUUCUAUCAUUGCGGUGCUGGACUCUGUGUUGAAAAUUUAGAACUUGAGCGUUACGUAGCAUGUACAUACGCCAAUAUAUUUGCAGCAUUUCUAGAGUGUGCCAUUUUGUCGCAUCAAGUUAUUUUCCAAAGUUGCAU